UCGUCGUUUAUCGGAACGGCCGAAAGUAAUUGGUAAUUAGAAAUGUUGUGGCCAAAACGCUGACAGUGCGCCCUCGACUGGCCAAAGUCCUAGACGGUCCUCUCUCUCUCUCUCUAUCUCUCUCCUCCCGUCUCGCGUCUCGAGAGGCACAAAGAAUUCUGCCGGCCAAAGUCUUCUUAUCGCGCUACGUACGGAAGCUUUCGAUUUCGCUUAAUGACGCUGAUUAAAACAUGAACGCACUCGAUAUGAAUAAGCAAUUUCUGAGCGUCUCACAGGAUCCGCACUCGAGCGAUGCCCUGCGCAAUCGAACACGCUCGGAACGUGCCUCUAGUUUGGCUCUGCCACUCAACUCACUGCUAGACUUUUACGACAAGCAACAGGAGCAAUGCAAAUCGGUUACUUUGCUGCCCCUGCCCAGUUGCAACAGCAGCAGCAGCCCCAGCAGCAUUGUGCGUCGUCACUCAUCCCACUAUUAUCCCAUGCUCGAGGAUAAGCAGAAGCCAACACAGUUGCCCCAACAAGUUGCAACCGAAUUGCUGGUAAACAUGGCGGAUCAGAAAUAUUGCAAGUCAGGUGCACUGUCGGGAGCCAAGCAUCCGCAGCUGGUGCGUGUGGACACGCCAGUGACGCCACCGCCACCAAUACCACGUCGCCUGAUGCGGACUAAUCGCGCCUGGCAGAAUAGUCCAGACAUCAUGGGUCACGAGGGUGUCGUCUCUGGCAGUGUGUUUGUUUAUCCGCAACCGGGCAGCACCACCCUGAGCAUGGAGGUCAAUCAUGGGGGCCAAUCGGCGCUGCUUGUUGAUUUGGCUGCACGUUCCACAUAUGCGGAUGCCGAUGGCAUAUCGGAUGACGACCGCAUGAGUUUGGAGAAUUCCGUUUUCGAUGAGUCACUGACCUCGACGCCCGUCAAGGUCGCCAGCGCCGCUGCCGCCGCCGCCCGCUAUGCCAUGGCUGGCCAGGUGGCCAAGCGUGCCCAGCGCUCCUCCAACAGCACCGUAGACUCGGCAUACUACAGUGGCGGGCAUAGCGAACGCUUUGCCAGCAGCAGCUCGACCAGUGUUGAUUUUCGCAGUCGCUUCUCCUCGGUGGACACACAAUCAUCGCUGGACGAUAAACCUCUGCUCGGCAGCUCCAUUGAUUCCCCGAAGGACAAUUGCCGAUUGGAGCGUGCGGCCUUGAACGAUGUAAUGCACAAGCUAAAUAACAAUCUCUAUGCCAGCACCAACAACAACAUCAACAUACACAACAAUAAUAACAAUAAAUUGCCCACGGUGCCGGCACGCAAGUUGCCCACGGUGCCAUCGAAGCUGCCGCCGCCAACCAAAAGCAACUCGUCCAAUUCCAGCGAGAGUAGCAAGGAGCCAAGCAGCAGCAGCAGUGUCUCUGCCUCCGCUUCCACAUCGUCGGCUGAUAGUGGCUCGAGCACCAUUUCCAGUGCCAUCAUCUCAUCCAGUUCGACAUCGCUGAAACGUCCAGGACCGCCAGAGCCGCCAAUGCGCAAUCAACUCAGCUCGUUUGAGUGCAUGGACAAUGUGGCCAAGGUGCAUAGCACAGUGGCAGCUGCACCACUGCCACCACCGUUGACCGUGCGCAAUAAGUUGCAACGCAACAAGCCGCCGCCCAUUGUCUAUCCCAAGUUGCAGCAACGUCAGGAUUCGACCCUAUCCAGCGAUAGCUACUCCAUCAGUUCCAGUCCUGGCUACAAUUCCAAGCUGAUGGAGACACCGCUUUUGGCAUCCACGCAAGCCACACGCAAGACCCAGUCAUCCAGCGUGGUGGUGCAGCAGCGGCAGCCAUUGAUGGACUUGGCACCGCAGAGAUUUGGCGGUAAUCAGGCGAUGCCGUUGCGCAGCAAGUUGAACUUUCGCCAGGACUCGAACAUAUCCAGCGAUAGCUUCAGUCAGACCUCCAGUCCCGGCUACAAUUCUAAGCUGAUGGAAGCACCUCUGCUGCCCGCAUUGUCCGCCAAGCGGCUGUGCAGCGCUCCAGCGCCGAUUGUCUGUCGGCAGGGUGUGCUCCCAGAGCCUAUCGAGGAACUGGAACCGACGCCGACGCUGUCGCCGAUGAACAAGUGCUCAAGUGCCACGCCCAGCAGCCUACAAACAAUUGUGCGCUUCCAGAAUGGAGCACCACACACCAUGUACUUGCAGCAUCAGAACAUCAAUCGUCGCAAGAGCUCCAAUCCGUACAUUACCAAUGGCCGCUUGAAGUUUCGACUGUUUCAGAUACUGAUCAAUGCGUUUGCCUUGCUGGCCAUUGCUGGCGGCUUGGCUGCGUAUUUUAAUGCCUAUCCGACCGUUAAGUAUGUGAACAAGACAAUUAUCAAUACCAUCCAUGUGGAGGAUACAUCGAGCGAUGGCAAGAAUCCGUCACCGGGCAACUGUCUGCCCAUCAUUGUCAAGUUAUGCCAAGGGCCGCAGAUACCCUACAACUAUACGACAGUGCCCACCUACAUUGGGCACUUUCGGCAGCAGGAUGUGCAAGUGGAUCUCGAACCCUUUGAGGCACUGGUGGAAGUACGCUGCUAUGAGCUAGUCUCACUCUUCCUUUGCUCGCUCUUUGUGCCGAAGUGCAGUAAAACUGGCCAUUCGAUACCGCCCUGUAAAACGCUCUGCACGGAGACGAUGCGUCGUUGUGGCUUCUUCUUUGAUGUUUUUGGCUUGAGUCUGCCCGAGUAUUUGAACUGCAAGCUCUUCCAGGACUCUGCCAGCGCCGAGGACUGUGUGGGUUUGGAUGAGGUGCGUGAUGUCAUGAUUUCAUCGGCGAAUCCCAAAUGCGAUGGCUUCCAAUGCGACACGAAUCGCUGCCUCCCCAGAGAAUAUGUCUGCGAUGGCCAUUUGGAUUGCAUAGAUCACAAGGACGAGCUCAACUGUCCACGCUGCCAGGAGGGCGAGAUUUACUGUGGCGACGAUCGUUGCUUUAGCAACGAACGCGCCUGCGAUGGUGUCAUCGAUUGCCCCUACGGCCAGGAUGAGCGCAAUUGUUUGCGUCUAAGCGAACGCAAUGGCGAUGUUGGCUCUGGUGUCUUGGAAGUGUAUCGCAUCAAUAAGCAUCAAUGGAUGCCCGCCUGUGUGAAGAAUUGGGAUCGUGCCGUUUCGCCCAGUGCCGUUUGUUCCAUUCUGGGUUACUCGGCGGUGAAUGCCACCAGUGUGGUUACUCAGCGCACACAUCGUCCACUGCUCGCAUCGGUUAAUGUCUCCACAGAUAUUUGGAAGUUAUAUGCAAAGCGACGAUCCACGCUGAUGCAGGAGUUCGCCAAUUGUAGGCAGUCGGAGGAUUAUCCCAUUGCGGAGCUAACCUGCUCCAAUUUCGAGUGCGGCAAGGUGAAGCGUGGCCGGCACAAGCCCUCCAGACGCAUCAUUGGCGGCUCUCAGGCAAAUCCCGGCAAUUGGCCAUUCCUGGCAGCGAUCUUAGGUGGACCCGAGAAGAUAUUCUAUUGUGCUGGUGUUCUAAUAUCCGAUCAAUGGGUACUCACCGCCUCCCACUGUGUGGGCAAUCAUACGAUUAUCAAUCUGGAGGAUUGGACCAUACAACUGGGUGUUACGCGUCGCAAUUCGUUUACCUAUUCGGGUCAGAAGGUCAAAGUCAAGACGGUCAUUCCACAUGCCCAAUAUAAUACGGCCAUUGCGCACGACAAUGAUAUAGCACUCUUUCAGCUUGCCCAGCGUGUUGCAUUCCACGAGCAUCUGCUGCCCGUAUGUCUGCCACCGCCGAGCAUCAAGAGUCUGCGAGCCGAGCAGCUCUGCACUGUCAUUGGCUGGGGCAAGCGCGAGAAUAAGGAUCCCAGAACACCGUAUGAGUUUAUCGUGAAUGAGGUGCAGGUGCCGAUUAUAACACGAAGCCAAUGUGACCAAUGGCUGGAAAACUUGACUAUAUCCGAGGGCAUGGUCUGUGCGGGCUUCGACGAUGGCGGCAAGGAUGCCUGUCAGGGCGAUUCGGGUGGACCUUUGCUCUGUCCGUAUCCGGGCGAGAAGGAUCGUUGGUUUGUCGGCGGCAUUGUCUCGUGGGGCAUUAUGUGCGCUCAUCCCAAGCUGCCUGGUGUCUAUGCCAAUGUCAUCAAGUAUGUGCCCUGGAUCCAUGAGCAAAUCCAAAAACAUUCGCGACCCGCUUACGAGGAACCAGUGCCCAAAUACGAUCUACAUCCGGGCGGGCCCGAUAUACUAUCGAAAAUGUCCGCCGGACCGGUGAGAAAGCGUAAGCCCUAUAAUUAUCAUAAUGGCAAGCCCAAGGGCAUUGACUUCUACGACAGUGAGGAGCGUAAGUAAGCUGCCGUCUAUAUAGGCCAGGCACUCCUCCAUCCCCUCCCCGUAAAUGUAAUCCUACAUACAGAUUCAGAUGUAUGUAUGUAUAACUAGCUUAUAUAGUGAACAAAUGACGAAUGAUCAAAUUUGAAUACAGCAUAUCCUUGAAACGUUUGCACAAAGUACAAAGCAAUACUGUUGUUGUACUCAAUACACACAAGAAACACACACACACACAACCAUUGAUAAUAAUA